ACGCUUUUACACCCUCGUGACUGACAGAUACUUUGGCCUGAAUCUGCUGUAGCUUGAGGAGGUGUAGCCUGCUAUCAAAGCACACGACACAAGUCUGAUCUUUGAUCACCGGACAAUUUUCUUCAGAAAAUGCAAAAAUGAAAUUAUAGUAUCUUUAUGUUCAGCUAUAGCUAAAUCAAAUGUUUGUUAAAUGUGUCAGCAAGGGGAGUGUUUAGCAAGGAAUCAUUCAACUAAAUGUAAACAUGACAACUAAUCAAGGCAGCAGCAGGUUCACUCGAUGUGUGAGUUUGACAGAUGGGUCAGUGGGAAAAUCCGUUUAGCAACUUCCUGCUGAUGGAGGUUCACUGAGUAAAGCUCCACACUUUCUCAUUACUAGCUUCGAGUCACCGCACUGAGGCCUCGCUUGCUUUUGUUCAACUUUAUCGGAUACAGUUUCAAGAUAAAGGACAUGUCUGCCGAAAAGAAGCCCAAAAAGAAGAAGCCCGAGUCGACUCCAGCAGAGACCAAUGGGACCGAAGCCAAACCCAAAAAGACCAAGAGCAAGAAGAGCGGUGAUAGCUGCCCGGCCGCUCAGAAUGGAGAGAAGGUGAAGAAGAAGAAACUGGAGAAGGACAAAGAAUCAACAGAGAAGGAGAAGGAAAUCAAAAAGAAAGUGAAAAGUGCUCCAAAGAAGAAGAAGAGUUCUACAGAAGAUGAUGAUGAUGAUGAAGAGGAUGAUGAAGAGACCACUCCUCAGAAGAAGACGAAGAAAAAAACUUCAAAAGAAACUUCUGAUGGAAAAGAAAAAGACAAGGAAAAAGACAAGAAGUCCAAAUCAAAAGAUGUCAAAGAGGACGCAGACAGUAAAGGAAAAUCUAAAGCCAAGAAGAAGGAACCAGCCUCCAUGUUUCAGAUCAACAGAGACAAGCCUGAAACCAAGAGUAAAAAGAAAGCUGCUAAAUCUGAGAGUGAAGAGGAGAGCAAACCAGAAACCAAAACCAGCAAGAUGAAGAAGAAGAGCAGCUCAAAACCAGCGUCCAUGUUUCAGACAGGAGGGGACAAAGACAAGGACAAAGACAAAGACAAGGACAAAAAGACAAAAAAGGCCAAAAGUCCUGCUAAAGCAGAAGAGACUGAAGACUCUGAUUCAGAAGUGACAAAGAAGAAGAAAAAGGGCAAAGGGAAAAAAGGCAAAAAGGAGGAGCGAGCACCUUCUCCUCCCAUCGAGUUUGACAAUCUGGAGGAGUUUGUUCUUCAACCUGCACAACAAGGCGUCACAGUAAAGUGCAAAGUGACCCGUGACAAGAGAGGGAUGGACCGAGGCCUUUACCCAACGUACUACCUGCACCUGGACAACGAGAAGAAAGUAUUUUUGUUAGCGGGAAGGAAGAGGAAAAAAAGCACAACCUCUAACUACUUGAUCUCCAUUGACCCGACUGACCUCUCCAGAGGAGGAGAAAACUUCAUUGGAAAGCUGAGGUCAAAUCUGAUGGGAACCAAGUUCACGGUGUUUGAUAAUGCACUGCAUCCGGACAGAGCUCUGCCGGACAUGUCUAACGCGCGACAGGAAUUAGCAGCUAUUAUCUAUGAAACAAAUGUUUUGGGCAUGAAAGGACCAAGGCGAAUGAUUGUAAUUAUUCCUGGCAUGAACAAAGAUGGAGAACGAGUCCCCAUACGGCCCCGUAGUGAAAAUGAUGGCCUCCUCAUUAGACAACAAAACAGAAAUAUGGAAAACUUGAUAGAGCUGCGCAAUAAGACGCCAGUGUGGAAUGAAGAAACGGCGUCACACGUGUUAAACUUCAACGGCAGAGUUACACAGGCCUCCAUCAAAAAUUUCCAGAUUGUGCAUAACAAAGACCAGGACUACAUAGUGAUGCAGUUUGGGAGAGUAGCAGACGAUGCCUUCACUCUGGACUAUAGGUAUCCUCUGUGUGCGGUACAAGCCUUUGCCAUCGCUCUCUCCAGCUUUGAUGGCAAAAUCGCCUGCGAGUAAAAGCGUAAAGACGUCUGUGAUUUUGUCACAUGCAACAAAUGGGAAACGUUCUCACUCAGCAUCAGCUCAAUUCACGACGAGAAGACCAAAACCCAUAAAUCUGUAAAAUAAAGCCACCAUUGCUUGUGGGAUUGCAUGAUUUUACAUGCUGGUGAUAUCCGCUUGGGCUAAAAUCAAGUUUUGGUUGUACAAUGGAUCUACUGAGAAGGGAGGAAGUGUGUUGAGGUGUUUGAUUUUGAGUUUGAAAGAUGUGGUGAGGAGGUCACGUUAGACGUGGCGUGUGUUUGAAAAGGGAAAAAGAAACAAUGGAUUGUGUUUUAUUUUUAGGUUAUGCAUACAAUGCAAUUAGGAAAAAUGUGUUUUAACAUUGUCUGCUUCACAUUUUAGUAAACCCGGUUAAAAUCUGUGUUAUCUUAUACUAGUAACAUAAAUGGAAAAAACACUUUG